GGAGGAGGAGGCAGCAGAGGGAGAGAUUGAGAGGGAGAGGAGGAAGGAAGGCAGGAAGGAGGCGCGCUCAGUGGGAAGAGGCGAGGCGGGAGAGACCCAGCCUCUCCUUGGCGUUGGAUCCAGCUCGAAGCCCGCAGCCAUGGAGCACGACGCCUCCGGACUACGUCGCCAGCGUGGGGAGCCGCGGCCCCUCUUCUUCGCGGUCCUCCUCCCGCUAAGAGGCUGAUCCUCGCUAUCUCAAACCUCCCCCCCCCCCAAUCCGUCUUUCCUCUUCCGUUUUCGGAUGGACGCCGCGAAGUAAAGCCGCCGCUUCUCUCUCCCUGUUUGUUUCUCUGUCUCUUGGAGUCCCUGGGCAGCCCCCCAUUCACCCACCCAUUCCCCCCCCCCCCCCCACACACACUCCUCCCAGACCCGCUUUGGAGCCAUGGACGCCGCGCUGGGAGGCGAGAAGGUGGCGCCUCCUGCCCCGGCUUCGCUCCCUUGACUCGGCUUGGGAAUAAUUCAGGAAAUAAGUUUCCAGAGGCGGUUCGGACGGAGUUGAGAAGCCCGGCGUUGCAGCGCCCGCCAGCAAUGGCAAGUAAUUGCCAUCUAUUUUCUUGAGUGCCAGCAAGUGAAGUUUAAGUUCCUGGGAUUGGCAGUAACAUUUCACCAAUGUUGCUCUUCUAAUUUGGAACUAGCUUUUCUUCUGUUUUCAUCAAUGCAAGUAUCUGGAUCGAGAAGAAUCAUGAUUGCAAGAAUCUGUGGAUGGCUACCCGUUUUCCUCUUGGCACUGCUUUAUCAAGUCUUCAAGUGACCCACAUCUCUUGGUGCCAUAGCACAUGGAUUUCAGGACUGCAUGUGAAGAGACAAAGACAGGGAUUUGUUUGCUGCAGGAUGGUAACCAGGAGCCUUUCAAAGUACGGCUGCACUUAGCCAAAGACAUUUUGACAAUUCAAGAACAAGACGUGAUCUGUGUGUCUGGUGAACCUUUUUAUUCUGGUGAAAGAACUGUAACCAUUAGAAGACAGACGGUAGGAGGAUUUGGAUUAAGUAUAAAGGGAGGAGCAGAACAUAAUAUUCCAGUGGUGGUUUCCAAAAUUUCCAAAGAGCAACGAGCGGAACUCUCGGGCUUGCUGUUCAUAGGAGAUGCAAUUCUGCAGAUUAAUGGAAUCAAUGUAAGAAAAUGCAGGCAUGAAGAAGUGGUCCAAGUUCUUCGGAAUGCUGGAGAAGAGGUGACCCUAACUGUGUCUUUUCUCAAAAGAGCACCUGCAUUUCUCAAACUGCCCCUCAAUGAGGAUUGUGCAUGCAUUCCUAGUGAUCAAAGUAGUGGUACAUCAUCACCUCUGUGUGACAGUGGUUUACAUCUAAACUACCAUCCCAAUAAUACGGACACACUUUCAUGUUCUUCGUGGCCUACAUCUCCAGGGCUCAGGUGGGAGAAAAGAUGGUGUGAUCUACGAUUAAUCCCACUUCUUCACUCCCGGUUCUCUCAAUAUCUCCCAGGAUCAGAUAUGUGCAGGCAAAACGCAUUCCAGGUAAUUGCUGUGGAUGGCAUUUGUAGUGGAAUAAUUCAGUGUCUCUCUGCUGAAGACUGUAUUGACUGGCUACAAGCAAUAGCAACGAAUAUUUCCAACCUCACAAAGCACAAUAUUAAAAAAAUCAAUAGGAAUUUUCCUGUAAACCAGCAGAUAGUCUACAUGGGCUGGACAGAAGAACGGGAACAAGAUUCUCUUCAGGACCGAAUGUAUACGCCAAAGUUCCUAGCACUGAGAGGUUCUUCCCUUUAUAAAUUUAUAGCACCUCCAGUUACUACGUGGGACUGGACACGAGCAGAAAGAACAUUUUCUGUGUAUGAGAUCAUGUACAAAAUACUCAAGGACAGUGACCUACUUGAUCGGCGAAAACAUGGUUUUGGUGUCCAGUCCGAAAUGGGAGAGGAUCUCUACUUUUCUGUGGAAUUAGAAAGUGACCUCAUACUAUGGGAAAAGGCCUUCCAUUCAGCAACUUUUUUGGAAGUGGAACGAAUACAGUGCAAGACAUAUGCCUGUGUUCUGGAGAGUCAUCUUAUGGGGCUUACCAUAGAUUUUGGUAUGGGCUUUGUAUGCUUUGAUGCUGCAACAAAGGCUGUACUGUGGCGGUACAAAUUUUCCCAGCUUAAGGGGUCCUCAGAUGAUGGCAAGAGCAAGAUCAAAUUUUUGUUCCAGAAUCCAGAUACUAAGCAGAUUGAAGCAAAGGAGUUGGAAUUUUCCAAUCUAUUUGCUGUCCUGCAUUGUAUCCACUCAUUCUUUGCUGCCAAAGUUGCAUGUUUGGACCCACAGUAUGUUGGCAGUCAAGCGGCAGCUUCCACAAGUGUUUCUGCUGCCAGUACUAGUGCUGCUGCUGCUACUGGUAACUCUACCCUUGCUACAUCAUCUGGCAGUAGCAAAUUAAAGUAUACGACUUGAUAUCUCCUGUUUCUGCACUUGCCACUUUUUUGGAGUACAGUUCACUAGGCAUAAAUACUUACCAGAUUGGUUCAUUGGAGAAGAACAAAAGAACCAACAGAAGAAACAUGUGGCAGUUUUCAGCAGAGUGUGGUCACAAGAGAUCAUGAAUUAAAUCUCAGUUUGACAAAGCAUCAGUAUACAGUCGAGACAGAAAUGGAUGAUUAUGUUUUGGCAUAAUCAGUUUGUGCUUUAAGUAAUAGUGGAAGCAAAAGAAACAAAAAUGAACUGACCCAACGCUACAGUGAGGUAUUUAAUACACUUUUCAGGUGUCCAUCAUAAUAAGAGAACUGUCCUUUUCUUGUUUCCAGAUUUUUUUUUAAUGACAACUUAUGGUGCUCUGGAUUUAAAGUAAUGCCCUCUUGUUAAACAGCCAAUGACAUAAGGACAACCAAGAGGCUUACACCAUGGAGCAACAAGGAACUGACAAUGGAAAGAAGCUACUGUAUCUCCUUAGAAAGAAAGCACCUUAAAUACUGUUGCAAAUUUAUAUUUGUGCCCUUUUGACAUAGAGUCAUGCUCAUUCUUAAUUUUGCUCUCACACAUUUAUUGUAGUGAUCAAGGUAUAGCCAUAUUAGGCCAACAGCUUUUUUUUUUUUUGGGGGGGGGAGAAAUAUAAGCAUAAUGAAGCCAUCUGCUAUAUAAGCCUAUAAUAUUAAGCUGGUUAGACUUUGUUCUCACAAAGUCCAGAUGAAGUGGAAACCCUGUGCCAUUUCACAUUGCUGGUGGAUGUCCUUGCUCUUCUAACAACAUAAAAACAAAACAGUCUACAAAUAGAAUGUUAAAUAUUUAGAAUCGGUGGUUAUAGGCUGAAUCUUUCUGCGUGAAUGUUUCUGGUACAAAAUGUUUCAUCAUGUUGCACCUUCAUGUGCUGUCAAAGGGGUAAGACCUUGAAAUGAGCUUGCUCUGUUCCCUCCUUUUUGUGGAAGCUAGGCCUUUAAUCUGAGAUAGUUCCACUGAUCUCAUAAAACUACACAGAGGUGGUAAGAGGUGGUAUCAUGAUCUUUAACCUGAAUGAAAACUUUCCUAGAUACUGAUUAUAGUUUUAAUUAUGAAUUAAUUACAAAACAAUGUUGCACCUGUUUAGUGGUAGGAAGGAUUUUGGGCUGUCACUCACUGAUAGAACUGUACCUCCCAGUGGAACUAAGAGAUAAAUCAUUCUCUUUCCUUGAUGCCUUUAAAAGCUACUUAAGUUUUUGGGAAACCCUUCAGAGGAAAUUUUUGAUCAGUUCAGAGGGAUGCAGGGAGACUAGAAGAAAUUUUUAUGCAAGUGGGCAUCUACUAGUGUGGUAUCAGAUUUCAAUUUAUUCUUUUAUGAUUCAGGGCUGUUUUUUUUCCUUUUUAAAAUGACCUUUACACUACCAGCCUUUACCUCCACCUCGAAUUCCAAGUCUGUUAUUUUGUGACUGGCACAAUAAAGGUUCCAUGAGCCUCCA